AUGGCUGACGUCGCCGCGGUGCCCCAGGAGAACCCGUCGCCCUCCCAGGACGACCUCGUCCCUCCGUCCGGCAACGGAUCGGCCGCCCUCGAGUCUCGCAAGCGGCCGCGUCCUGCAGCCGAUGAGGACGACGACGAUGACGACAAGCCAGGCCGCGAGCGUCGCAAGAUAGAGAUCAAGUUCAUCCAGGACAAGUCUCGCCGUCACAUCACCUUCUCCAAGCGAAAGGCCGGCAUCAUGAAGAAGGCCUAUGAAUUGUCCGUUUUGACGGGGACGCAGGUCCUGCUUCUCGUCGUGUCAGAGACCGGCCUCGUCUACACAUUUACGACGCCAAAGCUACAGCCGCUCGUCACCCAGUCCGAGGGCAAGAAUCUCAUCCAGCGCUGUUUGAACGCUCAAGAGCCUACGGGGACGGAGAACGGAGUUGAGGCGCCAGAGGUGCCAGCGGACUCACCUGAUGAGGUUGCCCAGGCCACUGUCGCCGCUCAGCAGCAGGCCGCGAUACCGCCUCGUCCACUGCAUCCAGGAUACAACAUCGGAGGCAUGACCAACGAGCAGCAACAUCAGAUCGCGUACUACCAGAAUCUCCAACAGCAGCAGCAACAGCAGCAACAGGCACAAGCCGGAGGUCAGUAUUCGGGCGUACCCGUUGGCACGCGUAUACCGCAGCAGUCCACCACCUAA